GUUGUUGUUUUUCCUGCCUGUCGACUCGGUCAUCGUCGACAAAAGUUUAUCGAGACGCAGAGCGUAUCGGCUUUGGUAACGCGAGCCUUGAUUUUCCACUGCAGCGAGAAAGGCUUUUUCGGGGGAUUUCGAAGCGGAUGCUCUCUCUCUCUCUCUCUGCAUCGACGAUUCUAUAGAAUUUUUCGCGCGCGGCUCGGAAUAUUUCUCGAUAUUUUCCCCCGCUGAUAGGUACAGCGGCGGAGAGAGUUUCAAUUUUCGAAAAAUGUCCGCGCACACUUCGGACGGGCCAGUUUUUGUUAUUAUAAAAGCUGCGUUACGCAACGCGGAAAAAUGCAAACUCCUUAAACACGCUGGUAUACACAAUAAUAAGAGGCAUACAAUCGCACGAGAGCCUUAUGUAAUGCGACGAGUACAAGUGGUACGCGCUGCUGCAGCAAGUAACUUUACAAAAUUUCGCCAUUACAAAUUCGCGAUGCAAAUAUUAUGAUCUACUUUGCUGAUGUCGACGAUACAGCAGCGGUGGCGGUUCGAAUAUCGGUGUGCAGACCGCAAAGACCUUUAACUCGCGAGAUCGAAUGUGCAAUCGGCGCAGGAAACGCGUCGUUGCAUCUUCGUCGUUUUACACGCUCUGGGCUGCAGUGUGCGCGAACCGCGAUCCGAUGUGAUUUUUUCGCAGUUACGUAAAAUGAGAAAUAACGAAAAUUCAUAUUCGCGCUGAAAACCGAGGCAAGUACGUAACUCUGUUUUCAAACUCAGCACCAUUCGGAUCGACUCGAUCGCUCGAGCGGAUGAAAAAAAUCGAGAAACGACACAUCGAAAAUAAUCAAUCGUGCAGUUUCCAAUCACUCGCGCUGCUGCUGCUUACGGCCGUCGGCGAGCGAAAAUCGCGCGAAUAUUAAAUUAGCGUCUCCAUGACGAUGUGCCGGUUCGCGGCCGCAAAAGCUCAGUAGUCCGCCGCAGACCGUCCGAAUCUCUUGUGUAACGUUAUACACGCGGAGGUGAAGAAGUGGACGCUCGAAAAUCGACUGCUGCGGCCGGUGGAUAUGGUCUGUUGUGCUGCGGUGCGAUAUCGUGUGCGGGGGAUACGCGAGGGAUUGGAGUUUUGGCUGCUGCUCUCUCUCUCUCUAUCCCUCUUUCGAGGAGGGCUCGACAUCGACGCGAGGCUUGAAAGCUCGCCGGCGAAAUGUUCUCGCUCCGCGAUGAUUCGAGCUCGUCGGGCGUCGACGAGGACUCAUUCGGCUGGUGGAUUGGUGUCGAGUCACAUCCGGAUGCCACGUCGAAAUCCAAAUCCGAAAGCGAGCAGCCCUCCUCGUCAAUCUCCUCGGACUGUCCUUCGUCCACUACUGCGUCGACGGACGACUGUGCCCUGCGAGCCCGUGAUCUGAGUCAGACUGAGACGAGGGAGGAGAGCAUGACGCUGACCGCCGACGAGGAGCAGAUCGAACUUGGCUCGCUCGACGGCGCCGAGGCUGCCCUGGACAGCGGCUUCGGAAGCAGCAACUCCGAGGCUCGUACCGCUGUCUGCUACACCCCCGAGAGACUAGUCAAGAGCGAGGACUUUAGGAUAGUCACGCCCUCGCCGACGUUCUAUCCUACGCUGGCGGACCUCGUGUCCUCCAGGCUAGCCUCGUCCAAGGCCUACAGAAGUUUGCCCGCCGACAGGAAAAUCGGAGUCGAGCACCUGGCAGCUCUCCUGCGAAGCCCCUACUACGAGAGCAGCUCGUCCUCGAGGUCGAGCUGCAGAAGGUGUUGCUGCAUCAGGUACGGCGGCGGUGAGGUGCUGCUGCACACUGAACGAUGUCCCAGAAACGACGAGGAGAGAGUCGAUCCGGAGCAGGAGCGGGAACCGGUGCCACUCUUUUCAAGUACGCCUGUCACAGAGUGCGGCUCGUGUUGCGGCGAGAACAAGGAUCAGCAGCUGGCCGACGACACGAGCGGCGUGUCUUCCGUCAGCUCUAGCGCUACGGAGGAAGACGACGAGGACCGGCUACCGAGGCGACUAUCCGACGAGCUGGCUUACGUGUCGUUCGAGUACGCACUUGCCGCGCGCGAAUCGCAGGGUAACGAAACCUCGGACAUAAACGAGGUGGUAUCAAUCCUGGCGAGCCUGGACAGCGACCCACGUCGUGUCGAGGAACUGCUCCUCGACGAGGACAGGUUUCGCGAGGCGACGCAGUCUGGACACGACAGUCUCACGAGGUUGGCCCUGGCAAUCGAGCCCGACGUAGUUCCCAUCAUUCCGAUCAUCAAAGUCAACAGUAGCGACGAUAGAGGCGGAGGAGUCAGAAGCAGACAUCGUUUCAAGCCCUGCCACGCGGAAACCGAGCUCGAACAACUGCGCGACAGGAUCGAGAGGCUGCAAGGCUCCAGUAAAGAUCUUCACCAGGAUGUCUCCUCGCUGAGAAGAGACUUUACGAUAGACGAAUGGAAGGUUAAUCAUUUAUCAGAAGACAUAAACAAACUUCGAAACGAAGUUUACGAACUGAGAUACUUGGAUGACCUCUUGAAGCUCCUGAAAGGUGAGCUCGAGAGGAUUUCAAAUCGAAAUUGGCCUUUUACAAUAGGGCGCACGAAACACGGAACUGAAGAGAUAAAUCUCGUUGUUUAAACCUCGUGGAAAAUCCUUCGCGCGUUCAUUAAUAGCUACAAUUACAAUUGUUAUUUAUAUGAGUUAUUGUUUUCUUUCGUACGUAUUCUAUGUCAAUUUAAAAAUAUAGUCCAUGACUGUCAUUUAAAGCAUCGUCGGCAAAAAUUUGUUUAUGCGACUCGUUUUUAAUAAAAAUGUUUGCUUUUUUAAGAA